GAGCGCCUGGACCCGGGCAGUGUCAGGCUCGAGUGGCCACCUGUGGGGACUGAGAAAGGGAAGAGGGUGCAGGCGAUGGUGCCGGCGCUGCGCUACCUGGGGGGUGCCUGCGGACGGGCCCGCUGGGGUUUUCCCGGGGGCUUCCCCUGGACGUGCGGGCCGGCGUCAGGGAGGCCCUGGCCGCAGUGCGGGGGUGGCCGCAGCGCCAGCACCAGCUCAUUUGAUGUAGUCAUUGUUGGUGGUGGAAUUGUGGGACUUGCCUCUGCCAGAGCCCUCAUUCUGCGACAUCCAGCACUUUCGAUUGGUGUUCUGGAAAAGGAGAAAGAUUUAGCUGUUCACCAGACUGGACAUAACAGUGGUGUCAUACAUAGUGGAAUUUAUUAUAAACCUGAAUCUCUGAAAGCUAAAUUAUGUGUACAAGGCGCAGCCCUCAUCUAUGAGUACUGUAACCAAAAGGGAAUUGCCUACAAGCAAUGUGGCAAGCUUAUAGUAGCUGUUGAACAAGAAGAAAUUCCCAGACUUCAGGCUCUAUAUGAGAGAGGCCUACAGAAUGGUGUCCAGGGCCUGAGGCUGAUCCAGCAGGAAGAUAUAAAAAAGAAGGAGCCGUAUUGUAGGGGUCUAAUGGCAAUUGAUUGUCCAUAUACUGGUAUUGUGGACUAUCAGCAGUUGGCUUUAUCAUUUGCCCAGGAUUUCCAAGAAGCAGGUGGCUCUGUCCUGACCAAUUUUGAAGUAAAGGAUAUUGAAAUGGCUAAAGAAAGCCCUUCAAGAAGUAAAGAUGGGAUGAAAUAUCCGAUUGUUAUAAAGAAUACAAAGGGAGAGGAAAUUCGAUGUCAGUAUGUAGUGACAUGUGCAGGACUUUACUCAGACCGUAUUUCAGAGUUGAGUGGCUGCAAUCCCAAUCCUCGAAUUGUACCAUUCCGGGGAGAUUACCUGCUCUUGAAGCCAGAAAAGCGCUAUCUUGUAAAAGGAAAUAUUUAUCCGGUCCCAGAUAGCCGGUUUCCUUUCCUAGGAGUUCACUUCACACCAAGGAUGGAUGGCAAUAUUUGGCUAGGGCCUAAUGCAGUUCUUGCCUUUAAACGGGAAGGUUACAGACCCUUUGACUUCAGUGCUAGAGAUGUUAUGGAUGUAAUGAUCAAUAGUGGCUUGAUUAAACUGGUGUUUCAGAAUUUCUCCUAUGGUGUUAAUGAAAUGUAUAAAGCCUGUUUUCUCAGUGCAACAGUGAAGCACCUUCAAAAGUUCAUCCCUGAAAUUACUAUCAGUGACUUACUUAGAGGUCCAGCUGGAGUAAGAGCCCAAGCCCUGGAUAGAGAUGGAAAUUUGGUAGAAGACUUUGUAUUUGAUGGAGGAGUUGGGGAUAUUGGAAAUCGCAUUCUUCAUGUGAGAAAUGCUCCUUCCCCUGCUGCCACUUCUUCCCUUGCAAUUUCUGGAAUGAUUGCAGAUGAAGUGCAACAAAGAUUUGAAUUGUAAAUAAUGAAAGGAGCUCAGUAUGCAUUGUAAACUCCAUAUCAGCAGCAAGAAUGUGCUAAUUGCAUUCUUUAAUUUUAAUUUUAGAAGAUGAUUUUAAAAUCUCAUUUUUAGAUCUAAGAUAAACACUGAAUUGUUAAAAUGAUGUAACGUAGAAAUAAUUUUUUAAAAAUUAAAGUCCAUGUUUUUUUACUUCGUGGAUGAAGAGGCAAGGUACAGUUGUAUCUGUCCUGAAUUCCUUCCUGACUUUGUUAAUGACAUAUCCUUACCAACCAUGAUCUAGAGCAGAUUUGGCUCUUUAAGAAUUUUUAGGAAAGAUGACAUAAAAAAUGGAUUAUUCUCUUAAAUUAAUUUUUUGGCUUUAUAAUAUCUAAGCUUUGUUGUCUCUCCUGGACAAGAAAAUAUAGUACAUUAUAGGUUGAAGACAUUCUUUUAAUUUUGGAAAGUCAUAGAAAAGCUUACAUUAUUUAGAGCAACAAUAUUUGGAAACUUAAAAUUCUUGAUUUUGAGGAAAUACAUGAAAUUUCACAUUUUUGAAUAGUUUGAAUAAGAUCAUAUCUUAGUUAUAAUAUUUGUAAGAAAUAACUUUGCAAAACAAACUCAAAGAUUUUAUUAUUCCCAGUUUCCUUAUAACUGACAUGGUGUGGUGUCAUCACUAAAUCUAAACAGCAGUACACCAUGAGUGGUUGUUGUCUAAUCUUCAGUCUUCUGUGGUUGAGAAACUAAAAGAAUUUAGGACUGAUAAAUCUUUACAAGAACAGUUUUAGAAUCCUGACACUGAUGUAUAUAACCUGUAAUUUAAAAAAGUUAUUUAUCGGGGCCGGCCCGGUGGCGCACUGCUAUAGUGCGCCGCUUGGGAAGCGC